CACGUAUCAGACGGAAAAAUAAAUCUAAAAAGACAUGGUGCGUGUACUGUUCGUUCAUCCGGAUCUUGGCAUCGGUGGCGCCGAGCGGCUCGUUGUGGAUGCGGCACUGGCCCUGCGAAGCAAAGGCCACUCGGUCAGUUUCCUGACCAACCACCACGAUCCGGAGCACUGUUUCGACGAGACGAAGGAUGGUCGUUUGCCGGUGAAAACCGUUGGCGACUGGUUGCCUAGGGAUAUUUUUGGAAAGUUCAACGCCGCCUGUGCGUACAUACGCAUGGUCUAUGCCGCAUUCUACUUCAGCUUUUUCCUGUCCAAGAAGGAGCCCGUCGAUGUUAUUUUCUGUGAUCUCAUCUCGCUCGGCAUUCCGAUCUUCCGUCUUGCGCGGCCAAAUCCGAAAGUCCUUUUCUACUGUCACUACCCCGACCAGCUGCUGUCCCGCCAGGGCAGUGUGCUGAAGCAGUGCUACCGAAUGCCGCUCAACUAUUUGGAGGAAAUCACCACGGCCCAAGCCGAUAGCAUUUUGGUGAACAGCAAGUUCACCAGCCGCGUGUUCAAGGAGACAUUCAAACGUAUCACCACCGAUCCGGACGUGCUGUACCCGUCGUUAAAUACGCGGUUCUUCGACGAAACACCGGUCGGCGACUCGGAUCAGGUCGUGAAGGUUCCGGCCGAUGCGUUCGUGUUUCUCUCGAUCAACCGUUACGAACGGAAGAAGAAUCUUCCGCUGGCACUCCACUCCUUCAAGGCGCUGCAGGAGAAAGUAACGCCAUCGGUGUGGAACAAGCUGUACCUUGUGAUGGCCGGCGGGUACGAUGAUCGUGUGCUGGAAAACGUCGAGCACUACGACGAGUUGGAAGAGCUGGCGGAGGACAUUAAAAUUCAUUCGAAGGUGCGCUUGCUCAAGUCCCCGAACGAUCGCCAGAAGCUGUGUCUCCUGCAUCGUGCACAAGCAUUGCUUUACACUCCGGAAUUCGAGCACUUUGGCAUCGUCCCCUUGGAGGGGAUGUAUCUGUCGAAACCGAUCAUCGCGGCCAACAGUGGCGGGCCGAUGGAGACCAUCAUUCACGAGCAAACGGGAUUCCUGUGCGAGCCAGUACCGAAGGAGUUUGCCGCCGCGAUGGCCAAGCUUGUGACCGACGACAAGCACGGCGAGCGUAUGGGUGCGAUGGGCCGGAAGCGCGUCCAGCAACGGUUUUCGUUCGAAGCGUUCAGCACCAAACUCGACAACAUCAUCACCGACAUGGUUCAGCGCGAGACGGACAGAAAGUACAAAUAGCAUCGGUGGUGCUUCCCGCUGUCCACCUUCCUACUGGUGGCGCAGGGCUUCCCGCAUUUGAACGCUGGCUACGCAUGGAAUCCCAUAUUUGCUAUGCAAGUGGCGCGUUAAAAUCGACUGACUUGGCCGGCAUACGCCGGGCGGCAAGUAACCCUCUCUGGCCAAACGCGUGUUUUGGCGCCCAUGGACAGUAGUCAGUAAUUAUUAGUAGAAGUAGUAGUUUGUGAUUUGGCUUGUUAGAAAGCCUUAAUUGUGAGGCGCCAAAGCUCCAC